CAACUAAGUCCAUGAGUGUUGACUUGAAGUCUGAUAAGAUACUUGCAUUGGCUCUCCACCCUGGAUGGUUGAAAACUGCAAUGGGAGGUCCUAACGCACCACUCACAGUCGAUGCUGCGAUGCCAGUUUUGAUCAGUUUCCUUCAAAAACUAGAUGAGACGCACAAUGGGGGAUUUUAUUCUUAUGAAGGGAAAAAAAUGCUUUGGUAAAGGAAUCACUCGCUUAAAAAAUCAAAGGCUUUUUAUGUUGGCUAUCAUGGUGAAAUUGAAACAUCAGUAAUUACUCAGGAACCGGCUGCGAUCGAAGUUGGAGUCACACUAGUUUAUUUUUGAGAUUUUUUUUAUGAAUUAUUUUUCUUAAGCAGUUGUCAAUUGAUUUGUGGGUUUCAAAGAUACUGUUAUUCACCGAAGGUUAUAUCCAUUUUACAUAGGUAUUUAUCACUUUAAGAAACAUUAGGACAGUUCAUCCAAGAUGGAAAGCAGUGGAUUGCCCCAAGAAUUACAGUAAAAAGCUCGACCUAGCUUGUGGUAUAUUUUCAACUUGCUCAUUUAUUUUGCCAUUUGUAUGUUUACGGUUAGCAUUAAUGGUUCUAUACCCCGAUUGUGUGACCGAUUGAACUACAUUCUGCAAUAACGAACCAUCUACUAUCUCUGGCUAAUUCUUGAGAGAAUAUGUAAGCUAUUAAGUAGUUUAACAAAGCAGAUACCUGCUUUUGUGGAUGAGUCAAAUGCAGUAUGAACAUAGUUCCUUAUUGCAAAAUGUGGUAUAAUCGACCAGAACACUAAUUGUGCAUGAGUUCUUUGCCUCGAUUGAACUUCAUUUUGCAAUGAAGAACUAAAAUUUUUGACUCAUUCACAAAAGCACCUACUUGCAUAGAAAACACAUGAAACAGACAAUAUUUCUAAAAUGAGCCAGAAGUAGUGGUCCCUUAUUGCAAAAUGUGGCCCAAUUAAAUUUCUAACAAAAAUCGAAGCAAGCUACUUACUAUCAAAAGCCUCACAAUUUUGCACGAACAAAUGUUAAUUGAAAAUUCUCACAGUCAAGUAUGGCAUUAAGGCAUGGUCCAUACACGUAAACGUGGAUAUAAAACCAUUUAAGAGGUAUCGCACUGCAUGAGGUAGAGGUCUCUUAAAAUCAGACUCAAUAUGUCAAGCUUUCUCAAUCAUUGAUUUAUUGUUAAAUCUUAGUGCUCAGUUUGUCUGCUUUCACUAGCACAGCUUUGUUAGAUUUAAUUUAUUUUCUGCCUUAAGUACUGUAAUGUUUUUCAGGAAUUGUGAAAAUUUCUUGAAUCCAUCAUAGGCUUUUUUUGUUUUUUAGACUUUUUGUAAAAUAAAUUUGGAGUCAUUGUCACUUCAGUAA